AUGGCUCCCACACUACUAUGGAUUGGACUCGGAAACAUGGGGAGGGGAAUGAGCAAGAACAUCGUUGAGAAGGGCAACUUGGAUGGCCCCCUUCUCUUGUACAACCGUUCAUCUCAGCGGGCCACUGACUUCAGUGCCAAGUUUCCGGUCGGCAAGACUGAAGUCGUUGAGUCCCUUGCCGACGGCGUCUCGAGAGCCGACAUCAUCUUCUCCUGCAUUGCCAACGACGAAGCCGUUCAAGAAACCUUCAGGGCGAUGCUUGAGGAAAACGUCAACGGUAAGCUAUUCAUCGAGAGCUCAACCAUCCACCCAGACACCACCGAGGCCAUUGCAAAGGAUGUUGUAGCCAAAGGAGCCGAGUUCGUCGCUGCUCCUGUAUUCGGUGCUCCUCAAAUGGCUGAGGCUGGUCAGCUCGUUGGUGUUCUUGCUGGACCUGCAGCCAGUGUUGCAAGGGCAAAGCCGUGGUUCAAGGGCGUAACUUCCAGCAAGGAGAUUGAUCUCUCGGAUAAGCCCUACAGCAAAGCCUUGACCCUGAAGGUCCUUGGAAACACAUUUAUCCUGAACAUGGCCGAGCAGCUCGCUGAGGCGCACGUUGUGGCCGAAAAGACAGGUCUGGGCACUGAAGCCAUUCAUCAGAUCGUCGACUCAAUCUUCGGUGGGCCUUACACUGCCUAUAGCCAGCGUAUGCUCACAGGCGACUACUAUAACCGUGAUGAGCCUCUUUUUGCAGUUGAGCUCGCCCGAAAGGAUGCUCGACAUGCUAUGAGCUUGGCUGAAUCUGUUGGUGUAAGACUUCGAAAUGUUGAGGCUGCUGACGCGCAUUUGGCAAUGGCUUAUGAACACGUGGGCUCGUCUGCAGACAUGGCUGGAAUAUACGGGGCUAUUCGAAAGGAAUCUGGUCUCAAAUAUGCCGUCUUCAUCGGCCUCGUUGUCAUUGCCGCCCUGUGCGUGGCAUCGUGGUUCCUUGCUCCCAAGGGCGAAAACCAAGUGUCAGUCCAACCAUCCCGUCGAUGCGAUUUGUCACAGGCCGCUUGUGAUAACACAGCUGACCUUUUCUCCUCCAGACUCUGGCGAUCCUCUGCUAUCUUGGCCAUCGUGAGCUGCUACCUUAUGUGGGCGAUUACGUUCCUCGCCCAGCUUCACCCUCUUAUUGCGCCGAGAAAAAGCGGUAUCCGAGAAGAGCACCUCCACUAG